GGCUACAGGCGGGCGGAGGCGGACUUCAUUCAUUUAAUAUCUGGAUAUACCUGAGGAGUGACCCUCACCCUGCUUUUUCUUGACUUACACUUACACUCACUCUAAUCACUCUCCUACAUCAAUCAUAAUACUUUUGUCAUAAAUUUAUCUUUUCUCUCUCGCUUGUAAUCCAUCCGCCCUGUCAUCAUGCAGCGCACCACUCGUGCGAUGCGGGCCCUCCCCGCACGGCCUCAGUUCCAGCGCGCCUUCCACACCACCCGGCCCUCUCAGAUCGAAGAAGCCUAUAUUCUGAGUGCAGCUCGCACGCCAACUGCGAAGUUCAACGGCCCCUUCGCCACCAUCUCCGCCCCCCACCUCGGCGCAACCGCCAUCCGCGCCGCCGUCCACAAGUCGGGGGUCCCCAUCCCCGAAUUCACCGACCUAUACAUGGGCAACGUCCUGUCCGCCAACAUGGGGCAGUCGCCCGCGCGCCAAGCGGCCAUCUUCGCCGACCUCCCGCCCUCCCUCGACUGCACAACGAUCAACAAGGUGUGCGCCUCGGGCCUGAAAGCCGUGGCACUCGCGGCCCAGAACAUCCAGCUGGGGCUCUCUCGCGCGCAGAUCGCCGGCGGGAUGGAAAACAUGUCGCGGGUGCCGUACUACCUGCCGCGGAGCGCGCAGCUGCCCCCCUUCGGCGAAAUAAAACUGGAGGACGGGCUGAUCAAGGACGGGCUGUGGGACGUGUACAACCAGAUCCACAUGGGGAUCUGCGCGGAGACGACGGCCAAGAAGCACGGGGUCAGCCGCGAGGCGCAGGACGACUAUGCGAUCCGCAGCUACGAGCGCGCGCAGGCCGCGUGGCAGUCCGGCCGGUUCGCGGCAGAGGUCGUCCCCGUAACCGUCCGGGAUAAGAGAGGCAAGGAGACGGUCGUCGACACGGACGAGGGCUUCGAGAAUCUGAGGGCGGACAAGCUGCGCGCGCUGAAGCCGGCCUUCCUGCGCGACGGCUCGGGCACCGUCACCGCCGGCAACGCCAGUACCAUGAACGACGGCGCGUCCGCGCUAGUCCUCGGCUCCAGGGAUCUGGCCAGGGAGUAUGCCGGCGAUGGCAGCAACCCCGUGCUGGCGCGCGUGGUCGCCGCCGCGGAUGCCGCGGUCGAUCCCGUGGAUUUCCCGGUCGCGCCGGCUAAGGCCGUACCCAUUGCGCUGCGGCGCGCGGGGAUCUCCAAGGAGCAGGUGGCGGUGUGGGAGUUCAAUGAGGCGUUUGCCGCCGUUAUCAAGGCGAAUGAGAAGAUCCUCGGCCUCGAGAACGCCCGCGUCAACCCCCUCGGCGGCGCCAUCUCGCUCGGCCACGCGCUGGGCAGCUCCGGGUCGCGCAUCCUGGUCACCCUGCUGCACCAGCUGCAGCCGGGCGAGUAUGGCGUCGCCGCAAUUUGCAAUGGGGGCGGUGCGGCGACGGCGAUGGUGGUGCAGCGCGUCGAGCGCGUGGAGUAGGUACUGUAGCUGUGUACUGUACAAGAUGCAAUGGCAUGGUCUGACAGCAAGAC